AGCAGCCUUUGGGCCAGUUUUAAUCAAAACAACCCAUAAAAGUUCCUUUCGUCAAAAACCCAGAAAAGUUCCUGCUGUCGCACUGUCCACCGGUGCGCCGCUGUUACUAGUGGUAGUAAACCACCAUCAACCCACACCGCUCUCUAUUGACAAUGAUCAAAAGCCCUUCCGAGUUGAGUUGAAAGAAGAAAAAAAAAAUUGUUGAAAGUUGAAACCGAUUGAGAUGAAGACAAUAACACUGUUUAAAGCUUAAUCAGAGAAAAGGUAACCGAUUGAGAUGAAACUGCUCUCUGUUUUUUAAAAAGAACACACGCUACUAGAACAGGAUAAUAGUUUCCCCUGAACCACUAUUCUCUGCAUCAUUGUGCUCCUACUAAAUCAGCUUAAGAUGACCUCUCCAGAUACUCAUAUAUUCAUGGAACUUGCAAUACAACAGGCAAAAUUAGCUAUGGAUGCCCUCGAAGUACCUGUUGGUUGUGUAAUUGUUGAGGAUGGCAAGGUGAUAGCCUCAGGAAGGAAUCGAACUACCGAGACACGAAAUGCCACAAGACAUGCAGAAAUGGAAGCUAUAGACGUGCUUCUAGAACAGUGGCAGAAAAAUGGACUUUCAAUGACUGAAGUUGCUAAAAAGUUCUCAAACUGCAGUCUUUAUGUUACCUGCGAACCAUGCAUAAUGUGUGCAUCUGCUUUAUCAAAUUUAGGUAUAAAGGAAGUAUUUUAUGGCUGUUCAAAUGAUAAAUUUGGAGGUUGUGGAUCAAUACUAUCAUUGCAGUUAGGCGACACCGUGUCACCUAAUAAGGGUUUCAAAUGUGCCGGAGGUAUAAUGGCAACAGAAGCUGUCCUUCUCCUGCGAACAUUCUACGAGCAAGGAAAUCCAAAUGCUCCAAAACCUCACAGGCCUCUAGCACAACAAGCAACAACUUGAAUUUAAUCUUUUUUUUUUCCUUUGGGAAGGCAUUUUGUUUAUUUUGCGCGAGUUGGUUUCUGCGGCUUUUCAUCGUCUUUUGUUCACAAAGUGUUGUUAAUGGUUAUAAUUUAUAAUGAAUAUGUCUUGAUUAACAUUCAAAUUAUUGAAAACAAAGACACUUUUCAAUUUUUGUGUAAAUAGUGUUAUAUGUAGUGAAGAUGAAGUGAGAAUUUUCAUUGUUACAUUGUAUAUGCAAUUGGAAGAUUAGUUUGUUGCUAGUUUAUGUUAA